UGGGUCCGCCCUGGGGGGGGCGCCCCCCGUGCCCUCCAGGCCGGGGGCUUCCCCUGACCCUUUCGGGCCUCCCCCCCAGGUGCCCUCGCGCCCCAACCGCGCCCCGCCCGGGGUCCCCAGAAUCACUCUCAGUGAGCCCUGAGGAGCGUCAGCCACGCAGGAAGGGCCCAGCCUCGCCUACACGACCUGCAGCCCCCCGACCAGCCGAGGCUCCCCUCUUAGAUUUAUGAGUCUGUGGCCACUGGCAUCUGGCUGCCUGCCCGCCCUGCCUCCCCAGGGUCGCCUCAGGGCACGCCUGGGCUUUUUGAGCACCCACAGGGGCCUCCAGCGCCCCCUCCAGCCAUCUGUUUUAGCUCCGCGCUCCUGGUUCGAGCAGUGUUCUUCCUCCUGACUUUCUCCAUCAGGCCUGCUGGCCGCCAACGGGGGCCUCCCGAGGCUAGUGCUGGCCCUGGCCAGUGGACCCACAGCAGGGCCGUCAGGGAGGAGGGAAGCCCGAGAGGGCCAGGCAGUGUCAGGACUGGGGCUGUGCUGCUGGGUGCUGUGUGAGAGGUGGCGUGAGUGCAGGGGAGGCCCUCCCCAGCCUCCACCCCGACUCCCCGGAAGCCCGGGUCACCGCUCCAGCUCCUCCCCCAUCUUCCUUCCCCUGCCUGUCCAUCGCCUUUCCCAGAAAGCUCGUCCAGGUGCCCACCUGCCGCUGCUUCCCGCCCCUGCCCUGCCCACCAGGCGGGGGCCUGGCUGCUCUUGCCUUACCCGUCUCCUCCUCUCUCUCCGCUGUUCUCUCUGCUUUCUCUCCCACUGCCAGCCGAUCGGGUCAGGCAAGUCCGUCCCGUCCUGAGAGCCCCAGGCCCCCCUUCGACCUCUAACCAGAUCCCUCCUCUUCCUCGGAGACCUCCCUUUCCAAGCCCACCCGGACAGCUGUUCUGUGACUUCACGGUGGCCCCUCAGCCCCAAAGCCUCCCCUUCAUCUGUGACUUUCUGUGGUGUGGUGAGCUGACCCCUCCAGGCGUGACCUUGGUGAAAUUUGUGCCCCUCUGCGGUCCUGCUCCUGCCCUGUUCUAUAAAUAUCUAUAAAUACUCAUAUAUACACACACACGCACACGUAUAUAUACGUGUAUAUAUAUAUAUGGCUGACACAGCCUCGCCUCUAUGUUGGGAACUGGUCACCGUACUGUCCUUGUGGAUUCUGUGGCUCAGUGACAAGGGAUGGCUGUCACCCUGCCCUGCCCUGCCCCCUCCAGCGUGUGCCACUUCCUGUGAGCCGCCCUGCCCUGCCCAGCCUGCGGACAGCCAGCCCUGCUCCCUGGCCCCUCCCCGCCCGGCGUGGGGUGCUGUAGUGGCAGCUGUGUGGUCCCUGACCGUCUCCACCAGUCCUGCUGUCUCUUGGCUGAGAAUAAAGCCCGUUUCCACACGACGGGAACACUG